AUGGUUGCACAGGAUAGAGAGACGCUGCCGGACGUGGCAAAGCCAAUUCACUAUGACCUGUCACUUUUUGACCUGGAAUUCGGCGGAUCGUGGAGCUACAAGGGUGUUGUCAAGAUCGAUCUCGAUGUCACUAAGCCUACCAAGCAGAUCGUGCUGAACUCCAAGGAAAUCGAUGUACAGAGCGCCGAGAUCCUUGCUAAGGAUGGAUCCGCGUCGGCCAAGGCUUCCCAAAUUACCUACGAUAAGAAGUCGGAGCGUGUUGCGCUCGAAUUCCCCAACGAGAUAGCUCCUUCGAAGACGGUUCUGAAGAUUGAUUUCACUGGAACAAUGAACAGCGCGAUGGCCGGAUUCUAUAGGUCGAAGUACAAGCCAGUUGCAACCCCGGCCGCCGACACGCCAAAGGAGGGCGACUUCUAUUACAUGCUGAGCACUCAGUUCGAGUCGUGCGAUGCUAGAAGAGCUUUCCCCUGUUUUGAUGAACCGAAUCUGAAAGCAACAUUUGACUUUGAGCUCGAGGUCCCCAAGGAACAGGUUGCUCUCAGCAACAUGCCCGUCAAAUCGGUACGGGAUGGAAACAAGCCUGGUCUGAAGUUCGUCUCUUUCGAUAGAACGCCCAUCAUGAGCACCUAUCUACUUGCUUGGGCAGUUGGUGAUUUCGAAUAUGUCGAAGCUUUCACGCAGCGUAAAUAUAAGGGUGCCAGUAUUCCUGUGCGAGUAUACACGACGAGGGGCCUCAAGGACCAGGCUCGCUUCGCCUUGGAGUGCGCUCACCGAACAGUGGACUAUUUCUCUGAGGUUUUCGAGAUCGAGUACCCCCUCCCCAAGGCGGACUUGCUUGCGGUCCACGAAUUCGCCAUGGGUGCAAUGGAAAACUGGGGUCUCGUGACCUAUCGUACAACCGCCGUCUUGUUCGAUGAGGCCAAGUCUGACGCUAGAUACAAAAACCGCAUUGCCUACGUCGUUGCACACGAAUUGGCACACCAAUGGUUCGGAAACCUCGUGACGAUGGAUUGGUGGAAUGAGCUCUGGCUGAAUGAAGGAUUCGCGACCUGGGUCGGUUGGCUUGCCGUCGAUCACUUCUAUCCGGAAUGGAAUAUCUGGUCUCAGUUUGUCGUACGAAGCUCUCGAGGUAUUUCCCAAGACUUUCGAAUAUAUGGUGUUCAACAAGCCUUCCAACUCGACUCGCUGCGCGCUUCCCACCCCAUCGAAGUACCCGUGAGAAACGCUCUUGAGGUCGACCAGAUUUUUGACCAUAUCAGCUAUCUUAAGGGAAGCUCGGUUAUCCGCAUGUUGAGCAGCCAUCUUGGAAAGGAUGUCUUCCUUCGCGGUGUGGCCGAUUACCUUAAAUCUCAUGCAUACGGAAAUGCUACCACCAAUGACCUUUGGUCGGCUCUCAGCAAGGCCUCUGGCCAGGAUUCUAGAAUCGCCCCGUUGUCGAUCGUUCCGUUUAUUAACAUCUUCCAGGACCCAUGGAUCCGUAAGAUUGGUUUCCCCGUGGUUACAGUCGCAGAGGAACCUAGCCAGAUUGGAAUCCAGCAGAAGAGGUUCUUGUCUACCGGUGACGUGAAGCCGGAAGAAGACGAGACCGUCUGGUGGAUUCCUCUGGGAAUCAAAUCUGGCCCCAAAUUGCAAAAGGAAGACCCCCGUUCCUUGGUCGCCAAGACCUCUACCGUUAAGGACAUUGAUGCAGACUUCUACAAACUCAACAAGGACCAGUCGGGCUUCUACAGAACCAACUACCCUCCUGCUCGCUUGGCCAAGCUUGGACAGUCUCUUGACUUGCUGAGCACGGAAGACAAGAUCGGCUUGGUCGGAGAUGCUGCCGCCCUGGCUGUGUCGGGAGAGGGCACUACAGCUGCUCUGCUGGGUUUGCUCGAGAACUUCCGAGAAGAGCAGAACUACUUGGUCUGGCAGCAGCUUUCAACGUCUCUCGCAAACAUGAGAUCUGUAUUUUCCGGAGACAAGGAGACGGCUGCGGCCCUGAAGAGGUUCACAUUGAAACUGGUGUCUCCUACUGCUGAAAAGCUGGGUUGGGAAUUCAAGCCCGACGAGGACUACCUUACGGGUCAACUUCGGAAGCUGGUGCUCUCGUCGGCAGGAACUGCAGGACACGAAAGGCAAGUAGGCUCCAUGAAGCGAUGCUUCUCUCAUGCGGCCAUUGUUGCUGAAGCCAAGCGGCGCUUCCAGCUGUGGGCUACGGGCAAGGACCGCAACGCCAUCCAUCCCAACCUUAGAUCGACCAUCUUCAGCAUCAAUGUGAGAGAAGGAGGCCGCGAGGAGUACGAGGCGGUUAAGGAAGAAUAUCUGCGGACCGACUCUGUCGAUGGCAAGGAGAUCUGCCUAGCGUCGCUUGGUCGUACGAAGAACCCUGAGCUUGUCAAGGAUUACUUGGACUUUGUCUUCUCCGAUAAGGUUCCUGUCCAGGAUAUCCACAACGGAGCCGUGUCCCUGGCAGCGAACUCUGAAGUCCGACACCUGCUGUGGGAUUAUAUGAAGUCCAACUGGGACGCAGUGGCACAGCGUCUGUCUGCGAACAAUGUGGUGUUUGAACGGUUUGUGCGCAUGGGCCUGUCGAAAUUCGCCGACGCUGCGAUCGGAGAGGAUAUCAAGUCUUUCUUCAAGGACAAGGACACCAGUGCCUACGAACGGGCUCUGGUGAUUGUGUCUGACACCAUCCGGACCAACUCGCGAUACCGGGAGAGGGACGAGAAGCUGGCGCUGCAGUGGUUGCAGGCACACGGAUACGCGUAA